AGGUUGGCAGUUCUUAUUUCGAUUUCGGGGAAAUUCAAUAGCAAAACAAUUUUUUGGCAAUUUUAGUUUAAUUGGGCCGCAAACAUGUCGCUAACUAUGCGAAUUUUCAGCGCAUCGCGCAAUGGUCAGCGCAUGUUUGGUAGCCAAGGGGCCCGGCUGCUGGCCGCACGGACGGAGCCAAAAGACAUCGUCGAGGUGCCCAAGGGAUAUGUGUAUGUAAACAACAAGGAGCUGAGCAUGGAGUUCGCGGACAUCACGGACCGUGCGGCGACCACCAUGUUCUUUGGUGAGCUCUUCCGAGGCUUCGCCGUCACCCUGGCACACAUCUUCAAGGAGCCGGCCACCAUCAACUACCCGUUCGAGAAGGGACCUCUGAGCCCGCGCUUCCGUGGCGAACACGCCCUGCGUCGCUAUCCCAGCGGUGAGGAGCGCUGCAUCGCCUGCAAGCUAUGCGAAGCCAUCUGUCCCGCCCAGGCAAUCACCAUUGAGGCAGAGGAGCGUGCCGACGGCAGCAGGCGUACCACUCGCUAUGAUAUCGACAUGACCAAGUGCAUCUACUGUGGAUUCUGUCAGGAAGCCUGCCCCGUGGACGCCAUCGUAGAGGGACCCAACUUCGAAUUCUCCACGGAGACGCAUGAGGAGCUGCUCUACAACAAGGAGAAGCUGCUCUGCAACGGCGACAAGUGGGAGUCUGAGAUAGCCUCCAACUUGCAGGCCGAUCAUCUCUACCGUUAAAGUUGAUUGUAACAUUUAGAAUUCCUUGUUUAGAACGAUUUUCCAAUUAAAGAUCGUUGCCCUGGCUGCGUCUUAACCGAU